AUGAAGAUCGACUUGUCGAAAGCUUUCCAUGCAAUACCGAUUGCAGACGACCAAAUGAACUACUAUGCGUUCAUGGGUAUGGACGGCACGACGUAUAGAUAUAUACGCAUGCCAAUGGGAGCAAUGUGUGCCCCCAAACACUUCGCCGUAGUAAUGAUGAAAGUGUUGGGGCAGCUGUCCGAGAAAGAUAAGACUGCUGUAAGAUCUUAUCAGGACGACAUUAUCGUCGCGGGGAAGAACAGAAAAGAGUGCGCAGAUCGAUACCAUAGAGUGAUACGUCACCUACGUGAAUACGGCUUCAAGAUAAACAGAGAGAAGUCGUCGAUGUGCACUACGCUGAUAAUACUUGGUUAUGAAUUUACGAAAGAGUCCAUUGGGAUACCCAAGGACAAAGCUGAGCAAAUACGAAAACUGUUACGUUCACAGUGCGUAGAUGAUAUAACGAAAGCAACACAUCAACUGUCCUACUAUAAGAUGAUCCACAGGACGGGCGUUCGAAACUCACUCACGAAGAUUCGACAAAUAUUGCAGAAGACAAAGCACGUAACGAACGUAGUGAAAGAUUUGAUAGACGCAGUCGAUUCUAGUUGGACGAUCGAACGGAUACGACCAACAGAGGGAAAUACGAUUUCGAUAUAUGUCGACGCGUCGGACAUACAAGCAGGGAUGGUGGUAAAGUACAACGAACAAACGGUUAUGACGGAAUCGAUUCCGUUAACCAAGACGUUGACGAACCUAGCUUCGUACAAGGAAAUUCAGGGAGCAUGCAAGCUGCUAGCCAAAUACAAGUCGGCGAUCGACUUCAUUGACAAGAGGGCGAGCAAGAUUAUUGUGACCGAUAAUAUGCGCCUAUGGCAGGCCCUUGAGAGAAAUGAAGAACCGAGAAACGACUUAGAAGUAUACGCAGCGCGCAUCCGAGCCUUGUACAAGGCAACUUACCAGCACAUUCCAGGAGGCCAGAACCCGGCCGAUUUUUAUUCCAGGAGACACCGUCUCCCCACUUGA